AUGAUCUCCGGUCUCUUGUCACGAACGUCGGUCACCGCCCCGGCCAGGGCUUUCCAGGCUUCCACCCUGCCUCGCGUCGUCUCGGCAUUGCCCCGCGUUCAAACCCGUGGUCUCGCCACCAGUGCUGAGCCUUACGAUGUCGUCGUGAUCGGCGGUGGCCCCGGUGGCUACGUCGCUGCCAUCAAGGCCGCUCAGCUUGGUCUCAAGACCGCCUGUGUCGAGAAGCGCGGCUCGCUCGGUGGCACCUGCCUCAACGUCGGCUGCAUCCCCUCCAAGGCCAUGCUCAACAACUCGCACCUCUACCACCAGGCUCAGCACGACUUCAAGAACCGCGGUAUCGACGUCGGCUCCAUCUCGCUCAACCUCGAGACCAUGCUCAAGGCCAAGUCCAACGCUGUCACCGGUCUCACCAAGGGUAUCGAGGGCCUCUUCAAGAAGAACAAGGUCGACUACCUCAAGGGUGCCGGUAGCUUCAGCAGCCCCACCACCGUCAAGGUCGCUCUCAACGAUGGCGGUGAGACUGAGGUCGAGGCCAAGAACAUCAUCAUCGCCACCGGUUCCGAGGUUACUCCUUUCCCUGGCAUCGAGAUCGACGAGAAGCAGAUUGUCUCUUCCACCGGUGCUCUCGAGCUCCAGAAGGUGCCCGAGAAGAUGAUCGUCAUCGGUGCGGGUGUCAUCGGUCUCGAGAUGGGCAGUGUCUGGAGCCGACUGGGUGCCAACGUCGAGGUCGUCGAGUUCCUCACUUCGGUCGGUGGUGCCGGUAUCGACGCCGAGAUCGCAAAGAGCUUCAAGAAGACGCUCGAGAAGCAGGGCCUCAAGUUCCGUCUUGGCACCAAGGUCAUUGACGCCGAGAAGAAGGACGGCAAGGUCUACCUCAACGUCGAGGACGCCAAGAGCGGCGAGAAGACGCAGCUCGAUGCCGACGUUGUGCUCGUCUCCAUCGGCCGACGACCCGUCACCAGCGGCCUGAACCUUGAGGCCGUCGGAAUCGAGAAGGACGACCGCGGACGCAUCAUUGUCGACGACCAGUACAACACCACCUGCAAGGGUGUCAAGUGCAUCGGCGACGCCACCUUCGGUCCCAUGCUGGCACACAAGGCCGAGGAGGAGGGCAUCGCUGCGGUCGAGAUCAUCAAGGCUGGUCACGGCCACGUCAACUACGCCGCCAUUCCUGCGGUCGUCUACACGCACCCCGAGGUGGCUUGGGUGGGCAAGAACGAGGAGGAGCUCAAGAAGGAGGGUGUCGAGUACAAGGUGGGCAAGUUCCCCUUCCUCGCCAACUCGCGUGCCAAGACCAACGCCGACUCGGAUGGUACCGUCAAGUUCCUCGUCGAGAAGGAGACCGACAAGGUGCUCGGUGUUCACAUCAUCGGCCCCAACGCCGGUGAGAUGAUUGCUUCCGCUGUGCUCGCCAUCGAGUACCAGGCUUCGGCAGAAGACAUUGCACGAACCUGCCACGCCCACCCUACUCUCUCGGAGGCCUUCAAGGAGGCUGCCAUGGCUUCGUAUUCCAAGGCCAUCCACUUCUAA